AUGUCUUCACCUCAGCACUUUCCAGCGAAUCAGACAGAAUCUUCAGCCAUCCGAGAAAUUGAUGAAUGCGAAAAGAAUGCUUGUGGACACUCGUCAUAUGCACCAAACGCUCGUGCUGAGCGUAAUCCAAACGGGGUGAGCAGAAGAAAGCGCGGGUACUCCAUCCAAAAUCACAACAACUGA